UCCACAUCUAACACGUCUUUGUCUUUCCGCUUAUUUCCCUCCACCACUGUUACAUGCGUCUCAAGACGCCCUGAUCCGCUCUUACGUUUCCCAUCAACGCUCCACAAUCUCCGGCCACCGUAGAGGAAAUGGGCGUCGACUACUACAAUAUACUCAAAGUUAACAGGAACGCCAGCGACGAUGAUCUCAAGAAGGCCUAUAAACGCCUCGCCAUGAUAUGGCACCCAGAUAAGAACCCCUCCGCUAAGAGAGUCGAAGCCGAGGCUAAAUUCAAGCAGAUUUCUGAAGCUUUCGACGUACUCAGCGACCCUCAGAAGCGGCAGAUCUACGAUAUGUAUGGUGAAGAGGCCUUGAAAUCCGGCCUUUUCCCGCCGCCACCAACUUCUUAUUCUUCGUCGGCGUCUUCGUCUAAGCAUUAUUAUCAGAGGCAGCAUCCUAAUCCUAACUUCAGGUUCAAGCCUAGGGACGCCGAGGAUAUAUACGAAGAGUUGUUUGGAUCCGAGAGUGGAGGUGGUGGCGGGGGAGGAGGAGCUGGUGGAGGAGGGAAUAAUCAUGGUAGGGGUUAUUUUAGGAAUAAUACUCAUUAUUUCGGCAAUGGAGCAGAGGCGAAAAAGGCUGCUGCCAUUGAGAAUGCGUUGCCUUGUAGCUUGGAGGACCUAUAUAAGGGCGCUAAGAAGAAGAUGCGGAUUUCAAGAACCGUCUAUGAUGCUUCUGGCAAGAUUCAGACUCUUGAAGAAAUACUGACCAUUGAUAUAAAACCUGGUUGGAAGAAGGGUACGAAAAUCACAUUUCCUGAGAAGGGUAACCAGGAGCCUGGCAUUAUUCCUGCGGAUAUUAUUUUUGUAGUGGAUGAAAAACCACAUCCUAUUUACAAGAGGGAUGGCAAUGAUCUAGUGGUGGACGAGGAGAUAACACUGCUGGAGGCCCUCACUGGUAAGACCCUUGACUUGACUACACUUGAUGGAAGGAAUCUCAUGAUCCCACUAACAGAUAUCGUCAGACCUGGUGCCGAGGUGGUGGUCCCAAAUGAAGGAAUGCCAAUUUCAAGAGAACCUGGGAAGAAGGGUAAUUUGAGAAUCCAGAUUGAUGUGAGGUACCCAUCAAGGCUUACCUCAGAGCAGAAAUCCGAGCUAAGAAGAGUUUUGGGUGGAGUUUCAUAAUAAUGAUUGAUUGCUUCAGAGAGAAAAGUGGGGUAGAUUGGAGUCAUUUAGUUAUUGAUUUUUCUAUUGAAUGUAAAUAACUAAAUAUGUGUAUGGCUAUACACUGAUGUAGAAAUGCUAAUCCUAGGAUUCAUUGUGUUGAAAGGGCCAAAGGGGGACAGGGUUAUGGAUUUGGUGUAUCAAAUGUUGUUAGGGUAAAGGGCUCGGCGCCAUUCUAACUGAAGAUAAACACGUGGACAAAUUCUACUUGGUCCCUGUAAUUUUUGCCUUAGCAAUUUUUAGUUGCUGGUUAGGAUACUGCAUAUACCGGGGAAGAAUUAUGGCCCUCAGGCUCAGGUCUUGAACUGGUGGCCUAGCAAAUUGAUCACGUUGACUUUGAGAAAUAUUGAAUUUAAAGCAUUACUUCAUUCAAGAUACAACGUGAGUUUCUGUUGUCUAGAUUUCGUUCUGGGAAGCUAAACGGGUACAAGGCCCAGUAGCUCCACUGGAUCAUACUUUGGCAAACGGACCAGUACUCAAUUCAAAUGCAUGUCUUGCGAGUAUAAGGUGGUUGACAAGGGAUGUGAAUGUAAAUUUCAGUUUGGUUCGUUCAGUUGAGCCCUGGAGGCUAAAGGACAAUACAUGCAGACGAUGUGUAAGGCCUAGUUCUGGUUUUCUAUGCAUACGUCUAAUGUCUGGUGCUUGAAUUGGUAAUGAGGUCAUAAUGUCUCCGCCAUGUUUCGUGGUUGAAUUGGUGAUGAGGUAAAAAGUGUUGUCUUGCACGGCAGCUGCUUUUGCGUUCUUCUUGUCCUAACGCAAUAAGCAGCCGCAUGUGCUGAAUCAUGCCCGGCAUCUACGGAAGUUAGCUUUACCAGUUGGGUUGUCUUCAAGGUCAUGUUUUAUCUUCAAUGGACUACUAAUGCCCUUCCAAAUCAUAUCCAAACAAAGUCUUUCAUUCUUC